CCCCUUACCCACCCCUCUCCCCCCACAGAGAGAACGAGAAGCUAAGAGCGAGCUCUAGAGCGGAGAAGUUUAAAAAAAAAAUGCCGAUUUCUCGGAUAGCGAUCGGGACUCGGGACGAGGCGACUCACCCGAGCGCCCUCAAGGCCGCAUUCGCCGAGUUCAUCUCGACCCUCAUUUUCGUCUUCGCCGGCCAGGGCUCCGGCAUGGCUUUCAGUAAGCUUACCGGUGGCGGUUCCACGACGCCGGCUGGCCUGGUAGCAGCGUCGCUGGCUCACGCCUUCGGACUGUUCGUGGCGGUGUCGGUGGGAGCCAACAUCUCCGGCGGGCACGUCAACCCGGCGGUGACCUUCGGCGCCUUCAUCGGCGGGAACAUCACGUUGCUGAGAGGCAUCCUCUACUGGAUCGCUCAGCUCCUGGGCUCCACCGCUGCCUGCCUGCUGCUCCGCUUCUGCACCGGCGGCCUCGCCACCGGCACGUUCGGCCUCACCGGCGUCACCGUGUGGGAGGCUUUCGUCCUCGAGAUCGUCAUGACCUUCGGCCUCGUCUACACCGUGUACGCCACCGCGGUGGACCCCAAGAGGGGGAGCCUUGGGACGAUUGCACCGAUCGCGAUCGGUUUCAUCGUGGGGGCCAACAUCCUCGUGGGCGGGGCCUUCGACGGGGCGUCGAUGAACCCAGCGGUGUCGUUCGGACCGGCACUGGUGAGCUGGUCAUGGGACGACCACUGGGUCUACUGGGGUGGCCCGCUCAUCGGCGGUGGCCUCGCCGGGCUCGUCUAUGAGUUCUUCUUCAUCUCCCACACCCACGAGCAGCUCCCCACCACUGAUUACUGAGUUCUUCUGUUGUUACUUCUUCUUAUUUUCCCAAGGGUUUUUUCUGGCUCUUGUUUUCUUCUUCCUUCUAUUGUGCUAUCUUGAUGUACUUUCUUGAUUUGUGUUGGUCUGUUCUUCUCCGUUUCCGUUGCACCAAAGCUUCUCAAAAGGACUUGCGUCCAUUUUGUCUUUUGUGUAUCAUUUUGAGGAACGUUAUUGGGAUGGAUGUUGACCGUAA